UCCACCGGAUCAACCACCCCAAGAGUGACGAUCGGCCCCUGCCCCUCCCGUCUGCAACCUCUCCUCCCACCAUUCAACUACGGCACCGUCGACGUCCACACCAUCUACCGCAGCUCGUUCCCUCAAGACCGAAAUCUCGAUUUCUUGCAGACGCUCAAGAUCCGCAGCAUCCUCACCCUAGUCGACACCGACCCAUCUCCCGCUCUGCAAACCUGGAUCAAGACCAACCAAAUCACCCACGUCAAAAUCCACCUCGCAACAAACAAGCACGGCGCCGUCAACAUCACCCCGGAUACCCUCAGCCAAGCCCUGCUUUUCGUCAUGAACCGCGCCAACCACCCGCUCCACAUCCACUGCAACCAAGGCAAGCACCGCACCGGCUGCCUCGUCGCCUGCCUGCGCAAAAUCCAAGGCGUCCCGCUGCCCGACAUCCUUGCGGAGUACCACGCCUACGCCUGGCCCAAGUCGCGCGACGGCGACGUCAAGCUCAUCACCGCCUUCGAUCCCGCGAGCGUGUACGAGUACGCGGUGCGC